AUGGGAAACCCCGGAGAUACGCCGCCACCGCCACCAAACCACCAGCAACGCUCCACACUGAAUAAACCACAAGACUUAUAUCCUGAUGAAGAUGAGCCACAGCAGUUUCCUCCGCCGCAUGACCGCCCUCACUCUUUUCCUCCACCUCAUGACGACGAGGAUGAUUACGCUACUCCAGUAAAGCCGCACGCUUUCCCUCCUACUCAAGACGAUGAUUAUACUUCUCCUCCGGUGAAACCACAAGCCUUUCCUCCGCCUCAUACUAAUUUUCAGCAACCAUUUCAGCCGGCACAAAAUUUUGCUGCUCCACCAGUACACGGUGGUGUACCAGUCGGACACCCGGCAAUGCAAGGUUCUCCUUUUAACCGGCCACCUACUCCGAUGGCAGCACCCGCUACUCUCAAUGGUUGGAGUAGUGAGCUGUUUGAUUGCAUGAAAGAUCCUCAAAAUGCUCUCAUUACUGCGUUCUUCCCCUGCGUAACAUUUGGACAGAUUGCAGAAAUAAUUGAUUCUGGACAUACCUCUUGCGGGACGAGUGGAAUGAUGUAUGGAGUAAUUGCUUUUUGCAUUGCAAUGCCAUGCAUAAUGUCAUGCACUUAUCGAACCAAGUUGAGGAGUAAAUUUGGGCUAAUUGAAACUCCAGCACCAGAUUGGGCAGUUCACUGCUUUUGCGAAUGGUGUGCUCUCUGUCAAGAAUAUAGAGAGCUCAAGGAUAAAGGCUAUGAUCCCGCUAUUGGGUGGCUGGGAAAUGUGGCAGUGCAGCAGCAGCAGAAGCAACAGCAGUUUCCUAUGGCGGCUCCAAUGGGGCAAAGGAUGGGACCAUAA